AUGGAUAAGGUGGACGAGAUAUAUCCGGUAAACAAACGGUAUAGUUUUAAUGAAACGACAAAAUUAAAUUAUAUGAAGGAAUCAAUUGAUCAGGAGGUAAAAUUUUGUGACACAGAAAUAGCAAAAAGAAACGAAGAGAUCGAAAGUUACAGAAAAUUACAAAAGCAUCUCGAGGAACUUCCAAAGAAGCUUACACAUAAUGUUAAUGUUCCGCUGGGUAAAGUUGGUUUUAUGCGUGGUCGCCUUGUACAUACCAAUGAAGUAAUGGUUUUACUUGGUGAUAAUUAUUUUGCGGUGUGUUCAUGCUUUCAUGCAUGUGAAAUUAUUGAGCGUCGAAUAUCUUUUAUUCAAAAGAUUAUUAACGACUUUGAAGAACAGAAGAAACGUGCUUUAGCACAAAUGAAAUUUGGUAGUGAAUUAUUUAAUUUGGAAAGCGAACAAGUUGAAAUACGAGAACCACUUGAUGAAGCAAAAUAUGAGGAAGAAAAGAAGUUGAAAUGGAUGCGCAAAAGUUAUCAUUUACAAGCAGAGGAACAUAAAGAAGAAUGUAAUAAUGAAGAAGAUCUUAACGAAAAAGACAAAAAAUUGAUUGAAAUGAAUGAUAUAAGUGAGACAGUCAAUGAUUUAACGAAUAAUUAUCAAUAUUUGUGCACAAAACCAAAUGAAGAAUUGAUUGAAGCUGGUGAUUAUAACAAAAAAAUAACUGACGAAGAAUUUGAUGAAGAAAUCAAGAAUUUUCCGACGGAUUAUCAAAAAUUGCUAGCAAGAUUGGAUGAGCUUGAAAGGCAAGAAGAGGAAGAAGGUGAAUUAGAAAGCGAUUAUUGUAGCAGUCUUGAUUCGGAUGAUUUUCCAUUGAAAAAUAAGGACGAUACAAUUAGUAGCAAUUUAUUGGACAAGAAAAAAGAAGAGAAAACAAUGGAAGCGAUGAAUGAUGAAACAGGAAGUAUUUCUCAGGUGAUAUUAAAUGAAGCAAAUGAUGAAUCACAAAAAAUACGACGUACAGUACGUUUCAAGAGUGAAGAUGAAGCUUAUUCAGCUAAUGUAACACCAAUUUCAUCACCAGAUUCAGGGACAACAUUUCAUGAAAAUGAACCAAAAAUGAUUAUCAAUGAAGAUCCAUGUUUCUCGUGUCCUUUGCCACGUUCGAUUUUGCGUAAUUUUAAUGAAAAAUCACCAGUUGAUAUUGAUGCUUUAGCUGCUACUGAACCAGAAAAUCGAAAAGAGAUUGUAUCGAUUUCUGAACAAGUAUUUACGGGUAAAGUAUUAGAAAGGCAUCCACCGAAUAAUGAUACUAGCAUCGAAUCAAUGCCAGUUAUAAUGCCUUCGAAGGAUGAUUCACCUCGACGGAUUUCACGUUUUAAGAUGUCACGUGCACGUCUUGAUUAG